AUGGGCCUGCAGCGGCAGUUCACACUCUAUCUCACCGCUAAGCGAUAUAAAGGAGCUAAAGAAUUACUGGACGACAACCCUGGAGACAUAAUGAACGACCCUUUAGUGUUUGCUAUCUUUGAGAACGCUCGUCGGAAAAAGUCUGGAGACCCAAAAGACAAGGUUUUUGCUCUCUAUGGUCUUUUAUCAGAGCUAGAGAUACCAUUCCCCCUUCCAGAUUAUUCUCUCAGUGUCGAGACGGUUUACCGAGAAGCAGUUAUGGCGACCAUAAAUUACGAUAAGAAUUUAUACGUACUAUACCAUGUCCCUUCAGAUCGACGCCGAGACACGCUGGCAUCCUGGGUUCCAGACUGGGCUGAACAUGGCUGGGAGCCGAGUGACCCGAGAUACGGUCUUCUACGUAGCCGAUUUUCGGCAUCUGGGUCGGCUGAUCCAGUCUGGAGGUUCUCGGAAGAUGGCACUGCAUUGAUACUCAAGGGCGUGGUUGUCGAUACAAUCAUCCUUCGCCAUGAAUCCCUUCUUGGUGAAGGGAGUGACCUGCGUCAAGUCAUGGAAAGAUUGAACACACAGAAAAGUGGUUCGCGGAAUGGAAGAAUCCGGCCAUCUGAGCAGAAGGAGUACCAGCGCAUCACCUACGAAGCCUUCUUGGUCUUAAAGGCUUGGACAGAGACUAGUCAGUGGUCCGACUAUCCGACAGGGGAGCCCUCAAAGAUCGCUUUCCAGCGUACACUCGUCAACGACAACCCGAAGUGUAAUGCAUCCAGUGCUCAGAAUGAUAAUUUCGAGCGCUGGUAUCAUACUAUUAAUCUCGGAGAGUUGGACCUCAUGGCCGCCGCUCUGCAGAACGAGGGGUUAGGUGAUGAUAUACCCAAAGGCUCCUGGGAGCGAGACGCGUUUCUCCGUAUAAUGAAAGAGAGAACUAGCCCACCUGUUCAAGUUUUCUCAGCACUGCGGGGUUCAGGGUUCGGUUUCCACUCCCAGGCGAUGGCAUUCUCACAAAAGAAAUGUUUCUUUCAUACCGAGAAGUCUUAUUUUGGUACCGCAGCUGACCCCCUUCCAGUACCUAUUCAACACGGCGACAAAAUUGUCAUCGUCAGUGGUUUAGAAAUGCCCCUAGCUCUCAGACCUGUUGAGGGUGGAUACAGGCUUUUGACUCAUGUUUAUCUCCACGGAAUCAUGUAUGGAGAGGCUUGGCCAGAACAUGAAGAUAACCUGGUGGACAUAACAUUGUUAUAA